ACGUAUAUAGCGUAUCUAUGUCUAGAUUUUAUGAAUUUCUGUUUGAUUUUUUUUGCUCAUAUUGAUGUGAUAAGAGCUUUUAUGGCGCUCAUAAAUUGUGAAGGAAUCUUACUAUAUAUUGUGUAUUAUCUGGUGAAAGCUUGAAUGGAGUUGUGGGUCAACAAUUUCAACAAUUUAUAGUUGAUUAGUUGACUUUUUCUGAGUGUUGUUAGAAAAAAGCAAGAAACAUUUCUCAGCGUUGAACUCGAGGUCACAUGAGUAAACUUGUGGUGUUAUAUGUCAGAAUCUAACUUCUUAGCAUGUGCAUAAACCACCACCAUUGAAAAGGUCCAAUCUUUUAGACAUUAUGCAUGACUGGCCCUGUGGCCAUUCCCGAAAAUGUCGAAAGAACUUUAUCUUUUUCAAAUAGAACAAGAUCCCUCGAUUCCGUAUCAUUUCGUAACAACGAUACCACUUCAAAUGGAGAUCAAACUGCACGUUCUUCAACAGAAUCAGUCGCCUUCAGAUAUGGAGAUCUAAAACUCCCAAAUGGAGAAUGUUACUCCGGUCAUCUUCUCGGAAAUGUUCCCGAGGGUUCAGGGACAUACGUCUGGUCACGUGGCUGCAAGUAUGAAGGCGAAUGGAGACACGGCAGGUGGCAUGGCUAUGGAAAACUCCGUUGGCCUUCUGGAGCUCGUUAUGAAGGCGAGUUUUCAUGUGGGUAUAUGCAAGGUACAGGAACGUAUGUUAGAUCGGAUAGAUUAGUGUACAAAGGUCGAUGGCGUUUGAAUCGGAAACACGGAUUAGGGUUUCAGACUUACCCAAAUAGGGAUUCAUUCGAAGGUUCUUGGAUUCAGGGUUCUCCAGAUGGACCGGGUAAGUACACUUGGGCUAAUGGGAAUGAGUAUUUAGGGAACAUGAAAGGAGGAAAAAUGUCUGGAAAAGGGACGUUUACAUGGACUAAUGGCGACUCUUAUGAAGGAAGCUGGUCUAAUGGAGUUAUGCAUGGUUUUGGUGCUUAUACAUGGAGUGAUGGAGGUCGAUACGUUGGAACAUGGACACGUGGGUUAAAAGAUGGAAAAGGCGCGUUUUAUCCAAACGGGUGUAGACUUCCAGCAAGACAAGAACUUUACUUAAAAGCUUUGAGAAAACGAGGUCUUUUAUCAGACCUUCAAAAAGUCAACCAAGUUUCACGUAUACAACAUGCGUCUUCAAUCGAUAUGGGAAACUUCAAAGUCGGUGGUGGAAGAUCAUCAUCUCAACGUAACAACAAUGUGUCUUUAGAAAGAAGAUGGAGUCUAGAAGUUGCUAUUGAAAAAGUCAUGGGAAAUGACUUGGCAUCUUAUAUGUCUGAUGCUGCUUUCAGUAAUGGAGAUGAUGAUACCAAGACUCCGAUUCUUGAAAGAGAAUACAUGCAAGGGAUCUUGAUAAGUGAACUUGUGGUUGAUAGUAGUUUCUCAAAUGGUUCUAAAAGAGAAAUGAGGAGACAAAGGAAACUAGUUAGGGAAGUUAAAAGACCAGGUGAAGCAAUUAUAAAAGGUCAUAGGAGUUACGAUUUAAUGCUUAGUUUGCAACUUGGGAUUCGAUACACUGUUGGGAAAAUAACACCUGUUCAAAAACGGGAAGUUCGGGUAUCCGAUUUUGGCCCACGGGCUAGCUUUUGGAUGCAGUUUCCUAAAGAAGGAUCUCAACUCACACCUACUCAUCAAUCCGAGGAUUUUAAGUGGAAGGAUUAUUGUCCAAUGGUUUUCAGGAACUUGAGGGAGAUGUUUAAGAUCGAUGCUGCGGAUUACAUGAUGUCAAUUUGUGGAAAUGAUGCUCUUAGAGAACUUUCUUCUCCUGGGAAAAGUGGGAGUGUCUUUUUUCUCUCUCAAGAUGAUCGUUUCAUGAUUAAAACAUUGCGAAAGUCUGAAGUACAGGUGCUUCUUCGGAUGCUUCCAGACUAUCACCGACAUGUUCGGACAUAUGAGAACACUCUCAUCACUAAAUUUUUUGGUCUCCACAGGAUAAAACCCUCAAGUGGCCAAAAGUUUCGCUUUGUGGUGAUGGGAAAUAUGUUUUGCACAGAAUUAAGGAUCCAUAGAAGAUUUGAUUUAAAAGGUUCCUCACUUGGGCGUUCAGCAGACAAAGUUGAAAUAGAUGAGAACACAAUACUCAAAGAUCUUGAUCUAAACUAUUGCUUUUAUCUAGAACCUUCUUGGCGUGACUCUCUACUAGAUCAAAUUAAAAUCGAUAGUAAGUUUCUAGAAGCUCAGAAUAUCAUGGAUUACAGUCUUUUGCUUGGUGUGAAUUAUCGAGCACCUCAACAACUGAAAUCUUUAAUGUCUUACAACCAAAGUGUAACAGCGGAUGGAUUGGGAAUAGUUGCAGAAGAAGAAACUCUGGAAGAUGAAAUAUCACCCCAAGGUCUUGUUUUGGUGCCACGUGGAUCUGAAGAUGGUAGUGUGGUUGUGGGCCCACAUAUACGAGGAAGCCGAUUACGAUCAUCAGCUACUGGUGAUGCUGAGGUGGAUCUCCUUCUCCCUGGGACAGCAAGGUUACAAAUACAGCUUGGAGUAAACAUGCCUGCAAGAGCAGAGUUACUUCCUGGGGUAGAAGAGAAGCAAAUGUUUCAUGAGGUGUAUGAUGUGGUGUUAUACCUUGGUAUCAUUGAUAUAUUGCAGGAAUACAAUAUAACAAAGAAGAUUGAACAUAAAUAUAAAUCACUUCAAUUUGAUUCUCUAUCGAUAUCAGCUGUGGACCCCACGUAUUACUCGGAAAGGUUUCUACACUUUAUUCAGAAGGUAUUCCCACAAAACGUAAAUGCAAACUGAGACAGUUUGACUUUGCAACAUUCUUGUUUGCCUUCAUCUUCGUUUCUUAAACAGAAUGUCAUCAAUAUUGAAAGAUGAGAGGGGAAAAAUGGGGAAUUAGAGAGGUAAAAAUGAAUUGCAAAGGUAUAAAAAGUGAAUAAUAUUAUGAAUUUUUGUUAUGUAAAGAAUGCUUAGCCAAGAACAUGUCUUGUCUUUUCUUGCUGAUUGUUUUCUUAACAUUAAGUUCUUGAAACGUUUUGUAUGCGUACAGAUUGGUGUUUCUUGUUGAUCUUGUCUGAAUUUUACAUUAACUAUUUUGUGUAUUUGAAAGAAAGUUAGCCCUCA